UCUCUUCUUCUCUCUUUCUCCCUGCUCGAGCGGAAAAAAGAAAAUAUCCCUUCCAUUUGAUCCGUCCCAACUCACCUUUUUUUUGACUAGUCUUAGUAAUAUUGUACAAAAUCAUCACCAAAAUGCUGUAGCUCUAAGGGCGGUGGACUACAACAACUGUAUCGAAUCUUUAACUUGUUACAAUUUCGUGCAAAAUUCGAAAAAACUGUACAAUUAUGGCUUCUUCUGACAAUUUGGUGGCAAUGGAACCGUGGGCUUUUCGGCCGACAUUUGCGGACUCGUGGCUUAACGAUGCUUUUGCGAGAGACACCGAAACCUUGACAAGAGCGCUGCAAAAAUCACUCUCUAGCCAUUCCGAUAAUGUUUCCAGCGAGAUGAUGAACCCUUUUUACCAGUCAGAAACGACGCCGGCCCACACCCCCACCGUUUCCGGCGGUUCUGAGAACGAAACUGCCGUUUCCAAGAGGCGGAGCGCUGGAAACGGGGUGGGAGGAGUAAAUGGUGGGAAGAUUACGAAGAGGAAGUCGCGGGCGUCGAAACGUAGUACGACGACGUUUAUCACCGCGGAUCCAGCGAAUUUCCGCCAGAUGGUUCAGCAGGUGACCGGUGUGAGGUUUGGAGGGAACUGCCAGCUGCCGGUCAACCCUGUGCUUAAACCGGAGCCACAGCGUCCUCCGGUUAACCGGCUUCAGGCCGGAUGCUUGCCAACUCUCGACACUUCAGCCUUUUUGCUGGACCCUCCUAAUAGCCAGCAGCAGCAACAGCAAGUGGGUCCGGCUUCGGCUUUGGUGGUUCCGCCGCAAGUGGCGGUUAGUAUUGCUCAGCCGUCUCCUCUGGCGGUGGUGGCCGACGGUGGCUCAUCUGGGUUUGAUUUUGAAUCUUUUUGUUCCUUCCCAACGCUCGAGUCCUGGAACUAAUGUAAUCUAAUUUAAUGAAUCUUUUUUUCAACUUUCUUUUGUCUAGGGAUGUAGGUGUAGGAAAUGGAGGGGUAAAACGGGUAAAUCACACCUGCAAUGUGUUCAUAUUUUGGGGAUUUAAGGCGUGUUUGGAUGGGACUCUGUUUUUUUUGCCAUCAUUACUUGUGAUGAUGAAUAGCUCUUUGUGGGGGAAGGUGUAUUAGCUAGCUCUGGCGAUGUGGUAUAUUAAUUAAUAUGUAUGGCUAUAAAGGUCUUUGUUUAAUUAAAAGUUUAUUUAGAAUUUAAUUUGCCAUU